UGUUGUUCAACUCUCGCCAUCCAUCGAGAGAGAGAGAGAGAGAGAAUUUUCUUGUUUUCUUCUCCUUCUCUCUUUGCUUCUUCACCUCUUGAGCUUUGAGAUUCAUCAACGAUGGCGACCGAUGAGCCCUCUCUUACUCGCUGGAGCUUUCUGGAGUUUAAAACGUUUUAUGAUGCCAAGUUUGGGAGGAAGAAGCUGCCUGAAGAACCUCAGAACGGCCAACAAGUAGAUGGAUCUUCCAGCAACAACAAGGAAGAAGAACCUUCCCAAGUCCCCAAUCCAGUUCAGGAGAGUAACACUGGUGUGGUCAAUGGGAUCCGCGAGAAGCCGAAAAAGUCCAUGUUUCCACCUUUUGAGUCUGCAGAAACUCGUGCUCUCGCAGAGAGUUUGAGUAGGGAUAUUAUCCGUGGGAAUCCAAAUAUCAAGUGGGAAAGCAUCAAGGGUUUAGAAAACGCCAAAAGGUUGCUCAAAGAAGCUGUGGUGAUGCCUAUAAAAUACCCCACCUACUUUAAUGGUCUACUAUCUCCAUGGAAAGGAAUUCUUCUUUUUGGUCCACCUGGUACCGGAAAGACUAUGCUUGCAAAGGCUGUUGCUACAGAGUGCAAUACAACUUUCUUCAAUAUCUCAGCCUCAUCUGUUGUUAGCAAAUGGAGAGGUGAUUCUGAGAAGUUGAUAAGAGUGCUGUUCGAUCUAGCUAGGCAUCACGCACCUUCGACGAUAUUUCUUGAUGAAAUAGACGCGAUCAUAAGCCAGCGUGGUGGUGAAGGCCGUAGUGAACAUGAAGCAAGUAGGCGUCUCAAAACCGAGCUUCUCAUUCAGAUGGAUGGGUUACAGAAAACGAAUGAGCUUGUGUUUGUUUUAGCAGCUACAAAUCUUCCCUGGGAACUAGAUGCAGCUAUGCUCCGACGUCUAGAGAAAAGAAUUCUUGUACCUUUGCCGGAUCCGGAAGCAAGAAGAGGAAUGUUCGAGAUGCUCUUGCCGUCACAACCGGGAGAUGAGCCAUUGCCGCAUGAUGUGCUGGUUGAGAGAUCCGAGGGUUACUCUGGUUCGGACAUUCGGAUACUUUGCAAGGAAGCUGCGAUGCAACCAUUGAGACGCACUCUUGCUUUGUUGGAAGACACAGAAGAAAUUGUGCCUGAAGAUGAGUUGCCAAAAGUGGGACCAAUCCUACCAGAAGACAUUGAUCGAGCUCUGAGCAAUACUCGACCAUCAGCUCAUCUGCAUGCCCAUCUCUACGACAAGUUUAACGAUGAUUAUGGUAGCCACAUCCUUAAGUAAAUUCUAUGAAACAUAUACAAAUCAUAUAUGUCAUCUACAACUUCAUCAUUAUUUGUAUGGCAGCAUCCAAAUCCUGCUCUCAGUGACUUCUUUUUUUUGUUUUAAAAUUAAGAAUAAAAACUCUUUCAGGGAAAGAAGGAUCUUAUUACUCCAUAUUGUUGGAAUUUUUUUUCUACGUUUU